AUGGCAGCUUCGGAAAGCAAGAAAAAUGUCCGUAUCUCUAAAGAGCUCUCAGAAGGUGAACAGAAAGCUACUGCUUCCCGAAAGGAGGAAAUAAAGAAAGUCCUGGCCAACAAUGGCAUUCUACUUGAUGAGACUAAAAUCCCCAAUAUUGCUGUCUUAGGAUCAGGAGGCGGCCUCCGGGCCAUGAUUGCACUCUAUGGCACACUAUCACAACUAAAGAAAUGUGGCUUCUUGGAUUAUGUUAUGUACUUAUGUGGAGUGUCAGGUUCUACCUGGUGCAUGUCAGCUCUCUACAAAAAUGAAGACUGGGCAAAAAAUACUGAGGACUUGGCAACACUUCCACGUAAAAUCUUCACCUCACAUUCUUGGGAAUUAACAAAGGCAAUACACGCUCUGAGGGAGCAUGUAGAAGAUGAAUGCUAUUCACUAACUGAUUUCUGGGGCUAUUUUGUUGUGUAUAAGAUGCUGAAAGAGCUUCAUGAAAGUACACUGUCUGACCAACGAAAAGCUUGCAAGAAUGGGAAAAAUCCUUAUCCCAUCUAUGCUGCGGUGGACAAACACACCUACCAAGACCACAAAGCAGGCAGCUGGUUUGAAUUUACACCACAUGAAGUAGGAGUUGUUGGCAUACAUGACCAUCCAGGCAUGGGGGCAUACAUUGCCACCGAAAAUUUUGGGAGCAAAUUUAAUAAAGGAAAAAUGGUUGAAAAAAAGAAAGAAAGAAAUAUUUCAUUCCUUCAAGGUUUAUGGGGAAGUGCUCUUGGAAGUGAAAAAGAAAUUAUGAAGACUGUAAAAGGUAAUCUGAAAGUGAUCAGAAUUAAUGAAGCAAUGAAAAAUAGCAUUCGGGAGAAAGCAUACCAUCACCAUGGCAGCAUCACAAGAUACGGGAGCAGUGAAAGUUAUGAGCUUUUCAGAAAACUGGACAAAGCCUGGUUGUCUGAAGAUGCAAAAACAAGAGAGGACACAUUUAUAAAGCUGUAUGAAGCUCUGGACACAGAUCUUGAAGUUUUCUGUCUUUAUUUUGCUUUUUCUAUUAUUUUAAAAGAAACACAAAGAGGAGGAGAAGGACGACACAAAUAUAAAUGCGGAUUUACUGCAUUUGAUUACUUUCGUGGUUUUCUGAAAAUCAUGUGGAAGACCAGUUCAUGCAUUUCCGGAUGGACAUGGGGAACUACUAAUAACUUCAUGAUGAAUUGUUGUGAUGUCAAAGCAGAUCAUCUGAAUAAGGAAAAAAACAUCUCUCUAAUUGAUGCUGGUGUAGCCAUAAAUAGUGCUUAUCCACUUGUUCUCCAUCCCAAGAGAAAUGUGAAACUGAUUCUUUCUUUUGACUUUAGCGCAGGGGGUCCAUUUGAGACUUUAUAUAGAGCAUCUGAAUACUGUAAAGUCCAUCAAAUUCCAUUUCCUGAUAUCAAUAAGGAUGAACUGCCGGACAAAGAACCAUCAAAUUGCCAUAUCUUCAAAACAAAAGACCUAACGAUUAUGCACUUCCCACUGUUUAACAAAGACAACUGCAAAGAUAAAAUUGAUGACUAUUGGAAUACUUAUGGAACUUUCAAGAUGAGCUAUUCAGAGCAAGAGAUUACAGAUCUUCUCGAAGCAGCAAAGAAAAAUGUAGAAGGUGUCAAAGAGAAGAUCUGGGAAGAGAUAAAGCGUUUAUGUGGUCAUUCUUCAUAGAAGGUUGAAACAAGUAUUCUUAGUAGAGUCUCGCUUAUCCAACCUUCACUCAUCCAACGUUCUGUAUUAUCCAACGCAGUCUGCCUCCCGCUGGGAUCCACAGCUCUUUUUGGUGUUAAAUUCGUAAAUAUAGUAAUUACUACAUAACGUUACUGUGUAUUGAACUGCUUUUUUUCUGUCGAUUUGUUGUAAAACAUGUUUUGGUGCUUAAUUAGUAAAUUUGACGUUUAAUAGGCUUUUCCUUAAUCCCUCCCUAUUAUCCAACAUUUUCGCAUUUCCAGCAUUCUGCCGUCCCAUUUAUGUUGGAUAAGCGAGACUCUACUGUAUUAAUAUUCUGGGGAAACAAAAUUUUACUUCUAUGUUCAGUAAAAGAAUCUGAAGACAUUUUCAGCUUCUUUUUGUUUGUUCCCUUUUACUACAUAUCUCCCAAUCACGUAUGGAUGUACAAUUUGUGGGGACUAUAUGAUGAUGUGGACAAAUAUGAUGGCUUGAUUCUUAUGCUUAUAUCUAACUGGAAAGGACACACUGAAUCAACUGAAUUUUUUAAUGACUCCCCAUUAAAAAUCAGAAUUACUUGAGUUGAGACUAACCCAUAGGGAUUUUAAACCACAAUGUUGAUUAAGUGGAAUGUUUAUGAGAAACUUUCAUAAUUGCUGAAGCUGGAAGGAAAAAAUAUUGGUGAAAAUGUUUACUCUUGCCGCAAUACCUUUCAGUGCCACUAGAGUUUCAGUUUAUGCCAGGUUUGUCCUUAUCCAGCAGCAACAAUCUGGGCAAAAUUAACAUGGUCAUUGAGGUCUUUUCUGGAGCAGUUCUACAUGAAAGACAGUCUGUGUCCUGAUUACAAUACCAUAGCAGUUUGACACUAAAUUAAUAACUAUAGCUCAGUGAUAUGGAAUUUUGAGAUUUCUAGUUUUGUGACAAAUUUACCCUUCUUUGUCAGAGAGCUCUGGUGCCACAACAAACGACAAACCUCAGGAUUACACAUGACUUCAGCACACUAGAGAAUAAAUCCACUUUAAAUCCAGUUUCUUCCUCCUGCAGAAUUCUGGGGUUUGUAGUUGAGUGAGGUUGUUAAAAGGCUCUUCCCUAAACUACAAACCCCAGAAUUCUGCAGGAGGCAGAAACUAGAGUGAUGAGGUAAAUAGAGUGGAAUCAUGGCAAUUAAAGUGAUGUCAAACUGCUAUAAUUUUUUUAGUGUGGAUAGUCACUCAGUGACCCCAUAAUUCUAAAUGGAAAACUGUCCUGAGAAGCAAAAUAUAUCCCUUAGUGUCUACAACUUAUACUGGCUGAUUCAUUAUGUAUUGUAGACCUGAAGAUUAUUUUUCUGCUCUUCUUGUAUUGAAAGCGUAUCAAUAAAACUUUUGUUUCAAUCACA